AUGACCACAAUCAUGACUCCUACCACCAAUACCUCACCACCAACCCCCAUCAAAGACAGAUCCAAAAUCCCCAUAAACCUAACCGGCGUCGCAAAAACCCUCCUAAUCCCCCUCCUUGCUCGAUCCUACGAUAAUACCCAGCCCAACCCAAUCCUCGCCGACCCGCACGCACAAGAAGUCCUAUCAAAACUCGACUUCGAUACCAAUGAAAUGCCCACAACGACAUUUCAGAAUGCCGGUAUAUCUCUUCGAACAAAGCAUUUCGAUGAUUGGACGUCGUCGUUUUUGGAAUCGAAUCCUAGCUCUACGGUGCUGCAUUUAGCGUGUGGAUUUGAUAGUCGGAUGCGAAGGGUUAAUUGGGGUGAAGGGACGAGGUGGAUUGAUGUUGAUUUGCCGGAGGUUAUUAAGAUUAGGAAGGAGGUUUUACCCUCUUCUAUACCGGGGAAGAAGUAUUCUUUAUUAGGCGUUGAUGUCCUUGAUGAGAACUGGAUGCGUGAUCUUGAUAUCAGCGCUGGGCCGGUACUUGUUAUAAUGGAAGGCUUACUUUCCUAUCUUCCCGAGAAAGAAGUGCAGGCUCUUUUAACGCGGAUUUGUCAGACUUUCUCCUCUGGGGAAAUUGUGUUUGAGUGUGUUAGUUCUGCCGUGGUCGAUUGGCUUAAUCGGGCGGAAUCAAUGAGAGCUGUCAGCAAUACUGGUGCCGUGUUCAAGUCGUCUCUCGAUGAUCCGACUAUAUUGGAGGGUCUUCAUCCAGGCCUUGAACUAGUCGAGAAUGUUUCGUUAUUAAUGGCGCCGGGUACGGAGAAGUUCCCUUUCCUUGGUCGGGUGCGAAUUCGGAGACUUGAAGAUGGGAAUGAGUGA